AUGGCGCCGAAAGGUAUUCUAAAGCAAUGCGUCAUGCUCAUCGUUUGUCAAACGCUGCUAACUUCAGCCGUUGCCACGUUUUCAGAUCAAACAGAUGACACAACUAUUGAAGAAACAUCAGCUGCUCAAGGAAUUGUUCUAGACCUCACAGAAGGAAAACUAGAUCAAAGAUUAGAAGCAUGCAACAGGACUGCGGGAAUGACGCGCUAUUUUGUCAAACCGGGAAUUAAUGGAAGAAUUAACGCUGUACAAAUCAACGGACACACAAUACAUAUGCCCACGCAACCACUACUCAAGGAAUUAUUAUGCUCAGCACCUUUCGACAAUAAAUUCACAUUGAAAUACGAUGAUGAAACAACAGAUGUAUUCACAGUCACUGCAGAUGGCAUAGAAGGAGGAAACAGAGAAGAUUAUCUCAUAACCAGCGUAACACAAACAAACGAUGAUGAACACGUGACAAAGGAAGAAACAAAAAGGUUGCAUGGACCAGCAAAAAUGAUAGAGUCGCCAAAGGCAUAUGAAACUCCAAAGGUUCAUGAAACUAAUAUUGCAAACAGCGGGAAAACACAGGCUCGCAGCUACGCUAACGCCAACAAAACUCCAAACGAACCUAGACAAACCACAAGGAUGUACCUCACGCACGAACCUGCAAGUAAUAUUACUAGCACUUCGCUGAAAAACAAGGAAGAGACUGCAGAAAAAGAAGGAAUACCGGACAUAGAUAAGGAACUAGAGGCAUCAGAAUCAGAAAGUGAUGAUAAACGGUUCGCAAACGGUGACAAAUUGCAACAAUCAUUAAGAACACCUCACCAAAUAAGCAUGAGAUCAAGCAACUCAAGGAUAAACGAAAUUUCACGUCUGGAUACGCACAGGACGCGUGCUAAUGACUUUAAUAGGGGUGCCAGACCAUCUUUCAGAGCGCAUGAAGCCAUGACAAAAGAACGCGGUUUUAAACCGACCACCCAAGAUGAAAUUGCAUUCGUAGACGGAGAUGAUGACGACGAAGACCUGGAUGAUGAAGUUGAAACGAAAUAUCCUCAUCUAUAUGUCAAAUGGCCUGAAGAAAAACGUUUAGAAGAAAAACAUAUGGAAGAGAAACGUUUAGAAGAAAAACGGUUGGAAGAGAAACCUACAGAGUCAGAACAUGCAGUUGAAGCACACAUUGAAGAAAAACCUACAGAAUCAGAACAUGCAGUUGAAGCACCCAUUGAAGAAAAACCUACAGAGUCAGAACAUGCAAUUGAAGCACCCAUUGAAGAAAAACCUACAGAGUCAGAACAUGCAAUUGAAGCACACAUGGAAGAAAAACCUACAGAAUCAGAACAUGUAGAAGAAGUACCUCCUAGGGAGAUUACCCUUGUGGUAGAUUCGAGCAAUCCCGACGUAUUAGAGGAUACAGUGGAAGAUAUUGUAUGUUACAAGGGAACUAACGGGGCUAUCAUCGGCAAUGUUGACAUUGAAGGGAAAGUGAGGCACGUUGGUGGAACGGAUGCCAAAGAUACAGUGGUCUGUGUAUCCACAGACGGCGCCAACUACGACAUAGCCGUCGGUAACCUAGACAAAGAUGGAAACUGGCACUACUCCUAUUACAAAAAAAACGAUGGCAUGGGGAUAUUGAUAGAUGUCACAAUCAAGAUGCUAUUCAGAAAUGUCCAGUUCGAAGAGCUAUUCAAAACUUCCAGAGAUCCAGUGAUUACAACUGAUGAGCCCCUGUUCAUGAAAAGCUUCUCAUUCAAUGGGAGAAGAAAUGCCUCGCUCAAACAACUGGAAGUUAACGGAACCCGCUUCUUAUUGGAAUCCGUCUCCAAUGGGUACUAUAAAAAUGCAAAGGAAGUAACACUCACAGACAGAGGAGCAUGUAUGCGUUGUAGGAAUGGGAUGGCUCUCACCUCCAUUUAUUCCUACAUGCUAAACGGCCAGGCACAUAUGAUUGUGUCACUAAGAGAUGGGGAUGUAGUACAACACAACAAAUACACCGCAGCUGAAAACCAACCUAGUGUCUACCAAAUUGUACCUUACACAUCGAAAGACCACCAAAACAUUGUCAUUUCUCUAAACUGCUUUGACCUUAACCCCAGAGCCAAGGUGGCAAUUGUAAGCGCAGAGAAUAUUGGUGUAGAAGGCAUUUUGUAUGGUCUUAAUGUCAAAAAAUUCGGUGAUGUCAGCCUUGUCAAGGUGCCUAAAAGGGGUGUAGACACCAUAUUGUUGAUUGGAACCAACGAGGUGCUCCUUAGAGCUGACGCAAAUCAUACUCUAACUAUAUUGGUUCAUGGUGAAGGGGUCUCCGCAGACAUCUCUUCGGAAAAGGGUAGCAUAAUCUCGCGUACAAUAGUGACGCCAAAUGUCAAGGACGGCAGAAUUCACGACAUCCUUCACCUAUAA